UAUCAACCUCCCCACUCGACUUUUUUUUUAUAUAAUAUGCUUCGUGCUGCUUUCACUGGUACCGUCUCUCGCAUUGCUGUUCGCUCAGCUCUUCCUGCCGCUCGUCCUAUGGCCAUGGCCAUGGGUAAGCGUUUUUAUUCUGCUGGUCAUGAGGAUGAGAGUUUCGAAUCUUUCAAUGAACGUUACGUCAAGUUCUUUGAUGGUGUCGAGGAUCUUUUUGAACUUCAACGUGGUUUGAACAAUGCUUUUGCUUAUGAUCUUGUUCCCGCCACCUCCGUCAUUGAGUCUGCUCUUAAGGCUUCUCGUCGUGUCAACGAUUUCGCCACUGCCGUCCGUGUUUUUGAAGGUCUCAAGGAUAAGGUUGACAGCGAAGAUCAAUACAAGCAAUAUCUUGAGGAAUUGGCACCUAUUAGAAAUGAAUUGGGUGUUUUGACCAAGGAAGAAUUAAGCCAGUAAACAUCAUUUAUAUACAUAUAUAUAUAUAAAGAAGAAGUAUUCGCUGUUUUUUUUUGAUUUAAUAUCUUAUUUAUUGUUUAAAAAUAAUACAACUUUUAUGCACACAUAAAAUUAUACAAAAAUGUGGUUCGAUAUUAUUUUAAUUGGUUUACCCAAAAAU